GGGCGAUAACUGGGAGCGAGUUGGGCCGAGCCCACGCUCCGAGAAGCCUGGCGCGAAGGGCAGGGCCCCUCCCGACGGCUGCGGGCGCGUGAGGCACGCCUUCAGAGGCCUGGGUACCGUGGAGCGCCUUGCUGCACUCCGGAGUCCAGCCGGCGGAAAGAUCACCUUGGAGCGGGGGCGUACCGGAUCUAAGCCGGACCCGUCCGGCAGCACCUUGGACAGAGCCCGAUCUGCAGGGUAGGGCUAGGUGGCAGGACUGUGCCCUCGAGGGUGGGUGCCCAAAGGUGCAGAGACCUGGGUGUCACGCGGAAAGCCCGGAUGCACAGUUCUGAGGGACGCGAGGUGCCAGGGUCACUCUAGCGGAGCCCGCAGGACCCAGAACGUUGGGUCGCAAGCCCACAGCCACCCCAUGCAAAUAAGGCUGGGAUCGCUCACACUAUGCUAGCAGGCGAGGCCUGGGCGGCCUCGGGGCGGAGCCUCCCCGCCGGCCGCGCCCAUUGGCUCUCGCUGCGCCGACGUCAGGAGCCCAGCGCGCGAAACGCUGGCCGGCCGGCGGGGACUAGGAGCCUGGGCGGAGCCUGGCGUCCCCUCCCGCGUCCGGCCGCGCCCGUCCUCCCAGCUGCAGAGAGACUACCGGCCACCGCCGCCGCCGCCGCCGCGAGCUGUCCCUGCGGCGCGUCUGCCUCGGCGGAGCCGACCGCAGUGCGCUCAGGCAUCCGGUGCGUCCCCAGCCUCCGCCCCGGCGCGGGGGCGUCGGACUCGCGCGUGCGCAGCGCUUGAGGGGCGCGGGCUGGGACCCCCUAGCCAGCGCGUGCGCCGAUCGAGCGCAGGGCGGUGGGUGGGCGCCGGGCGCUGGGCAGUGAUGGGCCUUCCCGCGCUGCGGCCCCACUGAGGAGAAGGCUCGGGGACAGGAGGAGCACGGGCUGCCCGCGCGGUGCGGACCAUGGCGUUCCUGGCCGGGCCGCGCCUGCUGGACUGGGCCAGCUCGCCGCCGCACCUGCAGUUCAAUAAGUUCGUGCUGACCGGGUACCGGCCCGCCAGCAGCGGCUCAGGCUGCCUGCGCAGCCUCUUCUACCUGCACAACGAACUGGGCAACAUCUACACGCACGGGCUGGCCCUACUGGGCUUCCUGGUGCUGGUGCCAAUGACCAUGCCCUGGGGUCAGCUGGGCAAGGAUGGCUGGCUGGGAGGCACACACUGCGUGGCCUGCCUUGCACCCCCUGCAGGCUCCGUGCUCUAUCACCUCUUUAUGUGCCACCAAGGGGGCAGCGCUGUGUAUGCCCGGCUCCUCGCCCUGGACAUGUGUGGGGUCUGCCUUGUCAACACCCUUGGGGCCCUGCCCAUCAUCCACUGCACCCUGGCCUGCAGGCCCUGGCUGCGCCCAGCUGCCCUGGUGGGCUACACUGUGUUGUCGGGUGUGGCCGGCUGGCGCGCUCUCACUGCCCCCUCCACCAGUGCUCGGCUCCGGGCAUUUGGUUGGCAGGCUGCUGCCCGCCUGCUGGUAUUCGGGGCCCGGGGAGUGGGUCUGGGUUCAGGGGCUCCAGGCUCCCUGCCCUGCUACCUGCGCAUGGACGCACUGGCGCUGCUUGGGGGACUGGUAAAUGUAGCCCGCCUGCCCGAGCGCUGGGGACCCGGCCGCUUCGACUACUGGGGCAACUCCCACCAGAUCAUGCACCUGCUGAGCGUGGGCUCCAUCCUGCAGCUGCACGCCGGCGUCGUGCCCGACCUGCUCUGGGCUGCCCACCACGCCUGUCCCCGGGACUGAGCUUCCAUGCCAGCCUGCCCACAGCAGCCUCCUAGAGUUAGCAACACCAGGUGUUCCUCCCAACUCGUCUGCAAGAGGCUGGCUCCCUGGAUGCUUCCAGCUCACGAGAUGUCUCAGCAGGAGCCCUGUUCACCCGUUCUUCCCUGUGGACUGACCUCUUCCACCCACGCCGUGGCACUCCAACUUCCUUCCCUGCCUUUUCCCUCCAAGCUCCUAUUUUACUGUGUCAGCUGGAAGGAAACCUUUCCCUCUUGGGACCUCUUUACCCUCUGUGACCUGUGGGGUUGGACCAGAGGGACUCUGGGGUCAUAUCUUGCUCUGAGAGUUCAAGUCCUGCUAGACUGCCAGCCCAGAGCCCUCACCCUAUCCUGUUCCUCCCACCAGGUCUCUGGCCAGUCCCUUGGGCCCAGACUUCCUGAUCUCCAUCUUUCUGCCCUGCAUACCAGCCCUCCCAGCAGCCACAAGGUUGCCCACCCUGGCUCCCUCUGCCCAGAGACUAUGGAGUAGGGCAUUCAGGGCAAAAGGACCAAGGGGGCAUGGACCCUUCUUGUACCAGCUGGCCACAGGCAAAGGGCUGCAGCUGCUUCUUCCAGGAAACUGGUGCAGGGAGCUCAGUGACCUCGGAUCCUGGGACCCCUGGGCCAUGCCUGCCCUCCACCUUGAGUGCCAUACUCCCAACAGCUCCAGGUGCCCACCGGGGGAUGUGCCUGCUCAGGAAACCUCUUUGCUCCACACAGCAUGGGGCUUCAGCUGCUGGCCCAAGGCCAGGAGCACUGGGUUCUGCAGCAGAGCUCAGCCUCAGGGGCCUAAGACCCUAGAUGACAUCAAUAAAGGGACAGGAAGGGCCAUGUUGCCACAUGAGCAAGCUUGGGUGCUCCCAAGGUUCAAAUACUUUUUAUUAGACAUGGCCAGGCAGAGAAGACCAUGGGAGUUCCCAAGGGGCCCCAGCUUUCAAGGGCGAUGGGAGAGACAGGAUAAAAGGUUAAAAGUGCAGAGGCAGAGCCUGGGGCUCAGGUUGGGUCUAGGGUGUCCUCAAACAGGCUGAGGAGGUUCCGAGGCUCAAAGGAGGGGAAGGAGCCCCGAGGAGGCUCUGAGUCGAUGUCACUUAGGUCCAGGGCAUCCCUGGGAGGAGGGAGGAGAGAGUAGUGACACUCAGGAUCCAAAAGCCAGCCCUGCCCACCCUAGCCCCUGGACCUGCUUACCUGGGUGUGCACCUGCUCCGGGGGGUGGAGGUGCUCCCCACAGUCCGGGACAAGACAGCCUCAGGGGAGAGUGAGGGCCUGCAGGAGGACAGGUGACACAAGGAGGAUGUCCAGGGCUAGGGAGUACCGGAUGAAACCAGCUCUGUCCCUGUGCAGGCUCCAGGCUCCCGCCUGACAGGCAGGGAGCCACGGUCAGGGACAAUAAAAACUUGGUGCACUCUGAAAGCAGCACUUGGACAGCCUUCAAAGUCCUUCCAUUUGGCUGCACUCCAAGGCCCCCUCUGUCCUUUUCAGAACACAUGGACUUUGACUGAGGCGGAUUUGAAGUAAACUUUUAGUAAAUGUAA